GGAGCCAGCGUCGCGCGGGCCUGGCCGGCCGGCCGGGGACUGACUUCUGCGCCUCCGCCGCCCUGGGGCACAGACAUGGCCCAGGAGCGUCCCGCCUGCGCCCUGGAACCCGAGCUCGUCCAGCGGCUGCUGCUCUCCUGCCGGGAGGCCAAGAAGUCCGCUUACUGUCCCUACAGUCACUUCCCCGUGGGCGCCGCGCUCCUCACUCGGGACGGGAGGAUCUUCUCCGGGUGCAACAUUGAAAACGUCUGCUACCCAAUGGGCAUCUGUGCGGAGCGAACCGCCAUCCAGAAGGCUAUCUCAGAAGGGCACAGGGAGUUCAGGGCAAUUGCUAUCUCUAGUGACCUCCAGGAUGAUUUUAUCUCACCAUGUGGAGCCUGUAGGCAAGUCAUGAGAGAGUUUGGCACCAACUGGGCUGUCUACAUGACCAAGCCGGAUGGCACAUAUGUUGUCAGGACAGUCCUGGAGCUGCUACCUUCCCCCUUCGGGUCCUUGGGCCCACAGAAGAUCCAGUGAAGGUCGGAAAACACCCACCACCUGGAAGAGCCUGGGUUUUCGCGUGUGCUUGAGGAGACAGCCGCCCGGAGAACUUGAUGAAGAUGUUCACACAGACCUGGGGACAUCGGCCAAAUGGGCCCCAGCCCUUCCGGGGGCUGGGCAGACGAGGCUUUUUCCAAAUUACACUCAAGCAUGACGGUCUUCACCUGAACCGAUAAAGCGUUUCAUUCCAUCCUGGACCAACGUCCCUCCUUGCAACCCACCUUGUCCUCUCCGGGACAGGACCACCCAUCCCUUCCUUUCUUUCCUGCGGUCCCUCUUUAAAAUUCCAGCCAAGUCUGGACCUCUUCCCUGUCAGCCUUCCCAAGGUCCCAUCCUGUUCUGAGUGACUUUUCUAAUUAUAGACAUCACGGAACAUCCCGAUUCGGGAGUGCA